ACAACUGUGAAAUAAACACAACAGUGAUACUUUGACUUUGAGCUUUUGCAUUUGUUUAGAAUUUCAAUAACUACACAUCUUAUUUUUCGGACAAUGGCUUCCAACAAAUUGUGCUGCACUUUGGCGUUUGGUGCUUUACUUUGCUUGGGAUUCGUGGUGCUGAUCCAAGCUCAAAAUAAGCCUGUGACCGAUGUAUGCCUCGGGUGCAUCUGCGAGGCCAUCAGCGGCUGCAAUCAGACGCGUUUUUGCGGCGGCGGAGUGUGUGGCCUGUUUCGCAUUACCUGGGCCUAUUGGGCGGAUGGCGGCAAACUGACUCUGGGUAACGAUAGUCCCCAGUCUGAGGAGGCCUUUGCCAACUGUGUGAAUGAUCCGAUCUGUGCGGCAAAUACCAUUCAGAACUAUAUGACCAAGUUUGGACAGGAUUGCAAUGGAGAUGGCGGCGUCGAUUGCUAUGAUUAUGCAGCCAUUCACAAGCUCGGUGGUUACGGGUGCAGCGGUGAACUGAGCUAUCAGUAUAAGAGUGCUCUCGAUCAGUGUCUGACCACCUUCUCUCCCCUGGAUGUGCGUAGUGGGCUUUAAGUGGAAUCGUAAAUCUGCUUUUAUACUUAUAUAUUAUUUAUGUUCAGUUUUGAGAUGAAACUUGAAUUGGAUCGUUUGAAUUGUGCAAAAUUGUUUUUAGAAUAUCCACAAUAAAAACUUCAUAUAAAAAUAUAAUGAAAAUAAAA